AGUUUAAUAUUAAAAAAAAGUAUUUAAGGAAAUGUUUUUCCUUCAAAGCUUCAUCAGUUUUUUAAACUUCACUUGAAUUUGAGUUGAACUUUUCAAAAUGGCCAGAAUUUCGUUUUAUUUCACAGUCUUCUUGUGCAUUUAUGCUCUUGCCAUCAUCGGCUUGGUAAAUGCUGGAGGUGAUGUGCCUCCUUCUUACCCAGAAUGUGGACUUGAUUCCGCACCUUGUGCAACGCUUACUUGCCAAGUUGGUGUCACAAAGAUUUUUGAAGAUGCCGGAUUCUGCUGUUGUUCCUAUUAAUUUAGUCACUUCAGCUGAACAGUUCUGCUAAAAAGUUGUUUUGUUCUCCAAGGUUCAAAUCUAUUAAAAAAUCUAAUAAUGAUGAUUUUGGUUUCGAUCUUAACUAAUCAAUUUAACUGCAAAUUACAAAAAAUAAAUAAACAUUACAACUUGUGAGCUUCAACAAAUCUUUUAGUAUAGAAAUUACUUUAUUAUUGUAUUAUGAGUUCUUCUUCGACUUCCACCUACACUUUAUUUAUUAAAUAACUGAACAGUGUUACUUCAUGAAAGUUAAAAUAUUUUAGAUGAAAGAACUCAUCAGAUGUCGAUUCUCGUCUGUCCAUUAUU